AUGCCUCCACUCUGGAUUGUGUUAUUUCUUCAAAUUUUUCCAGCCCACGCUGAGGAUUUUAACCGAUCGCCGUUUGUCUCGGUGAAGUCUGGAGAACGUGUGACUCUGAACUGCAUGUUUCAAGAUACGCACAAUAAAGAACUUGUGGUUUGGUACAAACAAACCUUUGGAGAGAUCCCUCAGGAAGUGGGGAAAAUCAUAGCAAAUAGAGACACACAAAUUUCCCCAAAGUUCGACUCCUUAAGGUUUAAAAUAGAGAAAAUCAUCAAUGGGACUUCUUUAUCAAUAGUACAAAUGAAGAAAAGUGAUGAAGGACUGUAUUUCUGUGGAAUAAACACAUGGGGCAAAUUUUAUUUUUCCAGUGGAACUUUUAUAGCUGUAACAGGGAAGAACAAUGAAGAUGUAAAAGUGAGUGUGUGGCAGAGCGGCGUGUUGGACUCGGUUCCUGCAGGAGCCUCAGUGACUCUGCAGUGCUCGGUUCUCUCUGAGAGCAGAGCAGCAGAACUCCAAGUGCUCUGGUUCAGAGCUGCUCCACCACAAUCCCAUCCUCGAAUCAUUUACACUCAUCACAACAGCAGCCGUCAGUGUGAGAGCGGCUCUUCUACACACACCUGUGUGUACAACUUCUCCAAGAACAUCCUCAGCCUCAACGAUACUGGAACUUACUACUGCGCUGUGCUCCUGUGUGGGAAGAUCAUCUUCGGGAACGGGACACGAAUACAGAUGGAGGGAUCUGAUGCUGUAGUGAUCUGCCUUGCUGUAGCGUUAACAGUGUGUGUGGUGGUGAUUUUUGCUCAACUCAACAUUUUAAUGUGUAAAAAACAAAAGAUGGAAAAACACAGAGUGAGACUUCUACAAGGUUCACUGAAGGAGGAAACACACAAUGAGGGCCGUGAUGCUGAGGAGCUGAAUUACGCUGCCCUGAAUUUCACCAAGAGGAAAAUUAAAAGUGGAAGAAUAAAAAAAGGACAAAAUCAAGACACGGUUUAUUCUGAAGUGAUAAAACUGCCUCGUAAUUAGAUUUUCUAUAAUUGUAAUUUUUCUAAAUAAAAGAUGUCAGUC